UGGGCACUCUUAUGGUUGUCGUUGGAGUAGUGCUUACACUUAUUACAUUGGAUGCUCAUACUGUGUUGAUGACAUGGCUUUGUCAAAAAGGAAAAGUAAAGAUAUGGCCAGGUGAUGACAAAGAUACAGACAAUGCAGUAAACAAAUUGCAUAACACUACAUCAAAACAACCAGAAAAAGACGUUCAUUCAGGAGAGACUGACCUUUGGGACAACUUCAAUAGUUACUAUAAAGUAGACAGAGGUAUUACAUCCAUGGAGUCGCCUAUAUAUGUAGGUUUUCAGAACGGUGGACUUGCAAACCAUUUUUCCAAAGCAAACCGGUCAAUACUCAUUUCACAUUCGCAACAGCGCAACUUCGAACAAGAAAUGGACAACUUUUAUCCUCCAGAAGAAAAAACCUAUCCUAAACAAUUAUUUCGAAAGAAGCCGUGGAAACCAUGACAUUAUUAUCUAUAUACAACUGUUUAAUCUAACAAAAUACCUAAAUAUUGUGUUAAUCCAUAUGUAAAUGAAAAAAAUCAAAUGUCAAUGUUAUUAUCAUUUUUAGUUUUGUACGUCAGUGGAGUUCCUUUCAUAGCUCACAAUAUUGGGAAACUUAUGUACGUUUUCUUUCUAAAUUGAAAGAAAUAUGUUCACUUCCGGUAUAUGAAUCUAUGUUUAUGACAAAUAAUGAAUAUUGUAUCGUUAUAUCUUAAUAUAUAUUUUAUAUUUUAAAUGC